UCGGAUCUUAGACUACCCGGUUACAUUUUCCUAAGACGGUGUUAUAUAUCAUUUUGAAGCCCGUGAAAUUCUCUAUCACAUAAUGUAUAAAGUAGAGUGCUAACGGCAAAAUCAAUGGAUACUAUAAACAUGAACGACGUUGACCUACCGGUUUCCUGGGAUGCUACCGAGUAUUUCGAAUCUUAGAGUAGCCAGUUAGAUGUACUUAUGGCUAUCUCAUAUAUCAUUUUGUAGCUCGUAAAACUCUCUAUCGAACGGUGUAUAACAAUUGAUAUUUUGCUCUGGGUGAAACAGGUUGAAUGAUGUGAAUACUUUCAGUAAAUGUCGUUUAACGCGAGAAGAGUUUUUCUGCUAAAAGGUUUUCAGGGGCGCUGAGAAGGAUUUUUAAGAUUUAAAAAUAUGUUUGCAUUAAUCGUGGACAAAGACGGCAUCAGAUGAGUAAACGUAAGACUGAUUUGAGCGUGGGCCGAUUUUGCCUGUUAUCAUCUCCCGUUCUUUUCAAAAAUAAAUCGAGAAGAACAUGGCACAGUCAAAAAAACUGCUACUAUUUGUAUUUUGAAUAGUGCUUAAAAGGAGAAAAUGCUAUCAGAGAUUCAAUUAUUAGAUUUGUGGAGGAUUAAAUUUUCUAUCGAAAGAGCUGUUUUUGAAUUUCACGGGCUUCAAAAUGAUAUAUAACAUCGUCUUGGGAAAACGUAACUGGGUAGUCUAAGAUCCGAAACAAGGAGCGAUGAGACAUGAGGGUGAAUUCUAUGGAAUAAAAGUAUUAUAUUUGGAAUCAAGCUUGAUUGCCGAAGAAGGGUUUCGACUAAGUGAAGGUAAACGAUUUUUACAUGGUAAAGGUAUUUAUUCAACACCUGAUAUCGAAAUAGCAAAAAAAUACGCCUCAAAAUUCACAUAUGAGAAUGAAACAUAUUUAUGCAUCGUUCAGAAUCGUGUUAAUCCGAAACAUCUGCAAGUAUUUGACAAAGCAAAAACAAAACUUUAG